ACCCAUUCCACCCAACCUCGUCGUGCUGGUCCGAUGUCCUAUACCUCCACACCAGAGGCUUCGGAAGAGCAGAGUCAUACUCAUGGAUGGUCGAAGCAGGACCUGCAAACGCGUUGGCAUUCCCUGUCAGCAGCCAUCGCUCGCUUUGCCCCACUUGCAGCAGCAUUGAUAGCUCCUGCCUCCACACUCUACGACAUCCCUGCGCUGACCCAGCACUGGUACUCUCUCAAUGGCGUGCCUCAAGAGGAUCCACAGGCAAGCUUGAUUCUGAGUGCAGUAGGCUUAGCCACUAGCAUCAUCGCCAAUGCCUUGCUGGUGCUAAGGUUCACUGUUCACCUACCAAAAGCCUGGCGUCUAGCCAUUGUCGUCUCCACUGUAGGAUGGCUGAUGAAGACGAUCUUGGCAGUGGCAAACCUAAUCACAUUCGGCGCCUUGACGCGCAACACUGCGGGCUACGCUUACGACGAGGGCUUCUGGUGUGCGGUACUCUCGGUCAUCCUGGCCGGAUUCAUCUCCUUUCUACUACUAUUCCACGUCAUCUUCCAUGACAAUGACCUACCGGACGAAGAGAUCAGGUUUCAAGGGCGAGCCUUCAUCACCAGUGAACUCACGCUCUUUGCCUUGAUCGCCCUCGAGGCCCUCAUCUUCUCACAGAUCGAAGGCUGGGCUUUCUUGGAUGGAAUCUACUUCACAGUCGUGUCUCUACUCUCCAUCGGUUUUGGCGACUUCUCACCGAGCUUCGCAUCUACUAAGGUCCUGCUGUUCCCUUUCGAGCUGGCGGGCAUUGUUCUGAUCUCUAACCAGAUAUCACUCAUCGUCAGCGCGGUGAAGGAUCGUGUCGAGGAGCGACGCAAGCAGUGGUACGAAGCGGAGGGAGACGUCUUGAACAAGUACAAAGAGAAAUUGGAGGCUCAUAGCCGUCUGAGCAAAGGCCACGUCCAAGACCACGACAAAGACACACUGAAGCGCUUCGCCGAGCGAGGCCAGGUCGAUUUGACAGAGGCAGACGAAAGCUCGGACAUUCUUAAGCAGGAGAUUGCCCGACUCCACCGCCAAGCUUCCCAUAAUGCCGCCAUGUCCCAGCUAUUUGAUCUGUUAUGGUCAGCUGGUGUUCUGGUCCUCUUCUGGGUGGUAGGAGCUAUCAUCUUCCAUUUCAUGGAAGGGUGGUCGAUGGGUGAUGCCUUCUACUUCAACUACGUCUUCUUCCUGACCGUGGGCUACGGAGACUUUUCUCCUGGGACACCCGUCGGAAAGACCGUCUUUGUCAUCUGGGCAUUGAUGGCUGUGCCCAUCAUGACCAAUUUUGUCGUUACGACAAUCCAGGCUGUUGUCGAGCGUCUCAGCAAGCUGCUUGCCCUGACGGCGAGGGAGAAGCGCAAGGAACGCCAACGCAUCAUCGACGAAUACUACGAGAGCCAUGAGAACUAUUUGCUGUCCGUUCGGGCAGGGACCGACGCAGGCCAUGACCGUAGCAUCGGGGACGAAGAGGCCUCUGCUGGAUCGUACCCGGAGCGGGUCACUGCACAGCAAGGCCUGCGGAAAACCGUGAGCACCUCAAGCCAGCAGUCGCAGCAGGAUUUGCCACCUGGAGAGAGAAGGACCAGUGAACGAAGACAGCAAGUGAGACAGAGGAGCAAAGAUGAAUCCCUUUUGCCUGAGGCAAAAGACUUCAUGCCGCCUGCAUUGACAGCCGGAGGUAAAGUUUCAGAGACUGAGGAGGCCGCAGCCGACGAAGAGAGCAAGACGGCAGAAGGGCUUCGCCACGUACUCGGUCUGGCGAGUUACCUCGAAGCUCAAGCUCGAGCUCUUCUGAUUGAAAACCUUCCCGAGGUAUCACCCGAACGCCUACUUCUUCAAGCCGAUACCAAUGUUCAGAUCUCACGCUUGGCUUCCCUCGAUGAAGGCCUUCCGCCUUGGUUGAGCGCUCUGAGGAGAAGCAUCAAGCAAGAUGAGCGACUGCAAAGGAUCAAGAUUUACCGCAUGACCUAUGCGAAAUUCCUCGUCGCCGGCUCAGAUAUCAUGAAGCUCGAAGGGGACAAGGCCGCAUUUUGGGAAAGGAGACUUGGUCAGAAGAUUGAGCAGCAGAGGGAGGGAGGGAGGAGUGAUGUCGAGUCUCAGUGAUCCAUGAUGCCAGAACAGAACAGAACAGAUGCUUGUACAAUGAUGCAAUUCCUUUCCUUACUGAUCACCGAGUAAUUGUAAACGAGCCCAUGGUUUCGUCGGCCUUGCGUGCGCAACCUGACCUCGUGUCUCCUGCUUGCGCCGCCACGCCGAAGCGACCGCCUCCCCUCUGGACAUU